AGAAGAAGGAGCGAGGAAACGAUCAAGUUCAGGGAGACCCAUAGCAUCAUCAUUAUUACCAAGGCAGCUAUUUCCUGCGACAGAAGGAACCAGCAUUGUCACUGGCUCACCACUGCCAUGAUCAAGUGCCUGUCAGCCGAAGUUCAAGCCAAAUUGCGUUCUGGUCUGGCCAUAGGCUCCUUGGCCCAGUGCGUUGAGGAGCUUGCCCUCAACAGUAUUGACGCUGAAGCCAAGUGCGUGGCCGUCAGAGUAAAUCUGGAAACCUUCCAAGUUCAGGUGAUAGACAAUGGCUGUGGGAUGAGGCGUGAGGACCUCGCCAAGGUGGGAAGUCGCUACUGCACGAGUAAAUGCAGCUCCCUAGAGGAGCUAGAGAAGCCGAGGUUUUAUGGCUUCCGCGGGGAGGCCUUGGCAAGCAUAGCUGACAUGGCCAGCGCUGUGGAAAUCUCGUCCAGGGAAAACAGGACGAUGAGAACUUUUGUGAGACUGUUCCAGAAUGGAAAAGCCCUGAAUGUCAGUGAAGCUGAGUUGACCAGACCCAGUGCCGGCACAACCGUGACCGCGUAUAAUCUUUUCUACCAGUUACCUGUAAGGAGGAAGUGCACGGACCCCAGGCUGGAGUUUGAGAAGGUUCGGCAGAGGAUAGAAGCGCUCUCACUUCUGCACCCCUCCAUCUCGUUCUCUUUGAGAAAUGACGUUUCUGGUUCCAUGGUUCUCCAACUCUCUAAAACCAAAGACACGUGUUCCCGGUUUUGUCAAAUUUAUGGACUGGCUAAGUCCCAAAAGUUAAAAGAGAUACGAUUUAAAUAUCAGGAGUUUGAGCUGGAUGGCUUUAUCAGCUCUGAAGCACACUACAAUAAGAACAUGCAGUUUUUGUUUGUGAAUAAAAGGCUGAUUUUAAGGACAAAGUUGCACAAACUCAUUGACUUUUUACUGAGGAAAGAAAGUAUUAUUUGCAAGCCAAGGAAUGGCCCUGGCAGUAGACAGAUGAAUUUGAAUCCUCGGUACCGGUCGAACCCAGAACUGCACGGCAUCUAUGUGAUCAACGUGCAUUGCCCAUUCUGCGAAUAUGACAUUUGCAUGGACCCAGCGAAAACACUCAUUGAGUUUCAGAACUGGGACACUCUCCUGGCUUGCAUCCAGGAAGGAGUGAAAAUGUUUUUGAAAAAAGAGAAAUUAUUUGUGGAAUUAUCAGGUGAGGACCUUAAAGAAUUCAGUGAGGACAAUGGCUUUAGUCUAUUAAGUGCCACACUUCAGAGGCAUGUGUUCUCAGACGAAAAAUGUGACCAGCUCAGUUUCCGGGAAGCGUGCAAUAAUAUUUCAGAUUCCUACGAACUAUUUAAUUUGCGGUCAAAAGCUGUGAAAAGGAAAGCUAGUACAGAAAACAGAAAUCCACAGGAUCCCAGGGAUUCCGAAACUGCCACAAAACAGACAAGUGAUCCGUUAUCCUACACUUACGAGUUAGAUGGCUCAAGCCAUAGUGGGGCGACAGUGUCCUCUUUAUCCAUGAAGGACAGCUCUGGCCCAGAUCUGAGGGGCUCAGAAGAAUUAAAAACAGAAGCAUCAAGACUAGUAGGCAAAAAUGAGAAACCUGACCAAUGUUGCUCGGAGCUUCAUUCAUCAGAAACUUCACGGGGGACCAGUCCAGAGAUGUUUUCCAGCCCCUCUCAGACAUGUCACCGUGGAGGAAAUGUUGAACUGCAAAGCUCGGGCACUCCGGCUAGUAGCACGGCUACCCUCAUCCUGAACAGCCAGUCACUGCAGAACCGAUUGGAGAGGUCAGAAGAGGCGACUAAAAGGGGAUACCAACUUCCAUCUUUGGAGACAAUAAGACUGAGAGCACACGCUGCUCAGAGAAAGGAGAGGGAAAGAAAGAAAGACCCACCUUCUCCUGGAGGGGGAAGGAGUUUUAGUUGUGGACACGUUAAAUUGUCUUCCACUGGAUUUAUAACUCACAGAGUACAAAAUGAGCAAGUGAAAUCAAGCGAGACAGAACAUUUAUUUAAACACUGUCUUGGCUCUGGUCCUGUGAGUGUCCGAGGAACAUUUGGAAAUAGAACAUGCCAUCCAUAUGAGGCUCCAAGCAUCAAAGAUCUAACCAGGACUUCCAGUAAGGAAUCUACCCAGCUGCUUGCCACGCACUUGCACAGACCCAGUGUCACUUACAGAGUUGAGGCCAAGCCUGUAGCAACUGACAGAGAGUCUGCUGUUUUUCAGGAAGGCAGUGAAAAAUCUCACACAGGUUGCGUAUUGCCCGACACAAUUUCUUUCCCCUGGUGUAGACGUGUUGCAACCGAUAGUAAGAAAGCAGGUAAGUUAACUGGCUCCUCGAGGCCUGUAUCCCAUAAGAAGCUAAGCUUGAGUUCACAAUUAGGAUCUUUAGAGAAGUUUAAGAGACAGUAUGGGAAAAUUGAAAAUCACCGGAGCCCAGAGGUAGAGGAAAGCAAUAACUUUGAAAUCACUGCUGAUUCCAGGAUUCCAGUGGAACCUAAUCUUUCGCUCAAAGACAAAAUCCACUUAGGGAAUGCUGACAUUGCUGGAACCACAACUCAGAAACAUGGUGAUUCCAACAGUAGUUGUCCACCGGUACGCCACAUCCUUGAUUCAGAGAAGCUUCCAUUCUCCAUGGAAGAAAACUGUUUGGAGCAACAAGUUCCUCACGUGAGAGAAAGUCCUCUAGUGCUACAGGACUUAGUACAUGUUAACAGAACCCCGUGGGAGGCUGAGAAGUCACUGGAAUCACUAGCCUCAAAAUUAUCCAGAAUGAAAGGUUCCGAAAGAGAGACUCAAGCAGUGGAGACGGUGAGUCAACUUACCGAAUGUGCACAGUCAGGAGCUAGGAGGGAAGCUGAGGACACGUGCAGCGAGUUGUCCCUGGACUCUUAUAGACCGUUUAAAAAGGAGCAUGAAGAACCCGGGGAUGGCAUCAUCCCGGCCUCAGACUCCGUCGCAUGGGAGAUUGCUGUCGCUAGAGAUGGGGAGACUCCUUCUAACAAUCACAGAACUGAGAACUCUGUGACACCAGAACUCUGUGUACUACCCUCUGAUGAUGUCCUGUUCAUCAGCGAAGACCCAGAAGCCCUUAGAGCUUCACACCAAGAGGCAGGAAGUCCUGACUCUGCUAGCAGGAUGUUGGCAAGUCACACGGCUUAUCCUGAGGGUGAGGACCCGACAGCAAAGACUCGCUCUGAAAAUGAAGAGCCAGACACCUGCUCUUUGGAUUGGCAGCGACACUUUGAUGUGGCCCUGGGAAGAAUGGUUUACAUCAACAAAGUCACUGGACUCAGCAUGUUCUCAGCACCCACCCAGGACGUUCAGGUGGCUUGUACUAAAAACCUGACAACAGUGGCCGUGGAUGUCCUCCUCGAGAAUGGAUUCCAGUAUAGGUGCCAUCCUUUUAGAAGCGACCUUGUUCUUCCUUUUCUUCCUAGAACACAGGAGGAGAGGGCUGUGGUGAUGCAGAGUGACCAAGAUGCUGUGGGUGAUGGCGCUGGUAGCCAGUCUCUCCAGUCUUUGUUCUCAGCAUGGGACAACCCAGUGUUCGCCCGCUGUCCACAGGUGGCUGUUGAUGUGAGCAGUGGGCAGGCCGAGAGCUUGGCGGUGAGAGUCCACAACAUCUUGUACCCCUACCGCUUCACCAAAGACAUGAUCCACUCAAUGCAGGUUCUCCAGCAAGUGGACAACAAGUUCAUUGCCUGUUUACUGAGCACUGAGCCCACACGGCGUGGAGAGGCAGGUGGGAACCUGCUCGUCUUGGUGGACCAACACGCAGCCCACGAGCGUGUCCGCUUGGAGCAGCUCAUCGUCGAUUCCUAUGAGCAUCAAGGGCCACAAGGCUGUGGUCGGAAAAAAUUGCUGGCUUCUACUAUAGAUCCGCCGCUGGAGAUAGCAGUGACGGAGGAACAGAGGAGACUCUUGAGGUGUUACCACAAAAACCUGGAAGACCUAGGCCUUGAGGUGACAUUUCCAGACACCAGUGACUCUCUGGUUCUUGUGGGAAAGGCUCCACUCUGCUUUGUGGAGAGAGAGGCCAGCGAGCUCCGAAGAGGAAGAUCUACUGUCACCAAGAGUAUCGUGGAGGAAUUAAUCCGAGAACAAGUGGAGUCACUGCAGGCCACCGGAGGUGUCCAGAGGACUUUGCCGCUGACGGUUCAGAGAGUGUUAGCGUCCCAGGCUUGCCGUGGGGCCAUUAAGUUCAACGACAGCCUGAGCGUGGAGGAGAGCUGCCACCUCCUGGAGUCUCUGUCCCGGUGCCAGCUGCCAUUCCAGUGUGCCCACGGGAGGCCUUCCAUGCUGCCACUCGCAGACCUCGACCACCUGGAGCAAGAAAGACAGAUGAAACCCAAUCUCUUGAAACUUUGCAAAAUGGCCCAGGCCUGGCGUCUGUUUGGAAAAGCAGAAGGACGUGAUGCCAGGCGGAACUUGAUGGCACCCGCGCCUCCCUGCCAGCCGGGGCCACCCUGAGAGCUGGUCCCGGAGCAGCCCGCCUGCUCAGGUCCCGGAUGCAGGCAGUGCCCGCCAUAGGCUGCUUUUAAAAUCAAAUCCAGGGACAGAACAGAACGAUGAAUUGUCCGAUUACCUGGGUGUUUUGUCUCCUCUCACUGCUCAGUGUCUCCCAGCAUCAGACCUGCCAGGCUGCUACUUCCGUCAGCCAUGCCCUCCGUUCCCCCCGCAGCGGGUUUUUCUCACCCAAAGCUCACUGACCAGGACUUUCUCCACACUCGGUACUAACAUUACCUGGGCUCAGCAGAGACACACACGGCUGAGCCCACGUCACAGUGUUCAAGCCCCCAGUCCACACCUGCAGGGGGGAUCUUAAUAAGCGGUAGAGCAGGCUGCAGGGGUCUCUCCCCCCCUUCCUGUCAGUUUCUGUCUCUGUCACAAAUAUAAUGACUAAAUAAAAUAUAUAUUUUCAACUA